UACCCUGAGGAGCACUUCCUUUUAACUUGUCCUGUUGAAGUUUUAAAGUUGGCUUACUUGUGGGUGUUCAUUUUUUACUAGUUAUCACCUCUUUUAUUUCACCUGGACAAGGUGGUGUUGGUCAGCUGCCACUCAUAGUUCACUUGGUUAUAUUUCUAAAGCUUUUCAAUUAUGGGUUCUGAUUCAUGUUUCAAAAAUUUUUUGUUAUGGCUAUGGUACCACAGAAACUACUUCAUCAUUAUUCUCACUCCUAUUUUGCUCCUUCUUCUGCCACUACUCGUCCCCUCAUCGGAAGGAAGAUGUGGCUAUGCUAUCGCCCUCAUGGCUCUGUAUUGGUGCACAGAGUGUUUGCCUCUGGCUGUGACCGCACUCCUGCCUGUCGUCCUUUUUCCAAUGAUGGGCAUCAUGAAAGCUGGAGACGUCAGUAUUCAGUAUCUAAAAGACUCCAACAUGCUGUUUAUUGGAGGUUUGUUGGUGGCCAUCGCAGUGGAGCACUGGAGCCUUCAUAAACGCAUCGCUCUUCGAGUUCUGCUGCUGGUUGGUGUUCGUCCAUCCCUGUUGAUGAUCGGGUUCAUGGUUGUUUCGGCCUUCCUCUCCAUGUGGAUCAGUAACACAGCCACCACAGCCAUGAUGCUGCCCAUUGCACAUGCUGUUCUGACACAGCUAAAAAACACUGAGGCCCGCGCAGAUGCUCGAGACUUCCAGGCUGCAGCUGAGUACAACCAGGGAUUUGAAAUGGAGGUCACAGAAACAAAAGAGGACUUAAAGGAAACAGAUGAGAAAGAGGCAAACCCCAAGAUUCAGCCAGAGGACAAAGAAUAUGAAAUUCAGUUGAGUCCAGAAGUCCUGCAGGAGGCCAGGAUGAAAGAAAUGGAUGAAAAGUACGACCUCCUGACUAAAGGGAUGAGUCUAUGUGUGUGUUACUCUGCCAGCAUCGGGGGCACUGCAACACUCACUGGCACCACCCCUAACAUCAUCCUCAAGGGUCAAAUUGAUGAGCUCUUCCCUGACAAUGGCGAUGUGAUAAACUUUGCCAGCUGGUUCGGCUUUGCUUUUCCCAACAUGGUGCUCAUGCUGGUGCUGACAUGGUGCUGGCUCCAGUUCAUGUUCCUGGGCAUCAACUUUAAGCAGACAUUCGGCUGUGGCGUGAAAAGUGAUAGAGAUAGGGAGGCAUACGCCGUGAUGAGGGAGGAGUACAGAAAGCUGGGGCCGAUGAAGUUUGCUGAGGGGGCAGUACUCACCAUCUUCGUUCUGCUGGUGCUGCUUUGGUUCACAAGAGAGCCAGGCUUCAUAAAGGGAUGGGCAACAGUGCUCUUCAAUAUGGAUGGACCGUAUGUGUCAGAUGGGACAAUUGCCAUCUUAAUGUCCAUGCUCUUCUUUGUCAUUCCAUCUGAGCUGCCCAAAUGUGGAGGCUACGGUCAUAAUGAAAAAGGUAAACUGAUAAAAGCCCCGCCCACUCUGCUGAAUUGGCAGGUGGUCCAUGAGCGAAUGCCCUGGAACAUCAUCCUGCUGCUGGGAGGAGGCUUCGCUCUGGCAGCUGGCAGUGAGGAAUCUGGUCUGUCCAAGUGGUUGGGUGAGAGCUUGACGCCUCUUCAGAAAAUUCCUCCCUAUGCCAUCUCAAUGCUACUCUGUCUGCUCAUAGCAACCUUCACUGAGUGCUCCAGCAACACAGCCACCACCACCCUGUUCCUGCCCAUACUGGCAUCAAUGGCCAUUGCUAUUAAGAUACACCCAUUAUAUGUGAUGCUACCCUGCACUAUUGCUGCGUCUCUGGCCUUCAUGCUACCAGUGGCGACACCGCCCAAUGCCAUCGCCUUCUCUUUUGGAAACCUCAAAGUCAUUGACAUGGUGAAAGCUGGUGCCAUAUUGAACGUCAUCGGGAUUUUGACCAUUAAUCUAGGCAUCAACACCUGGGGCUAUGCCAUGUUUAAUAUGGGCACCUUCCCUGAAUGGGCCAUUGUUAACGGUACCAAGCCCUAAACAAAGAAGACCUGUGCAAGAGAUGAAGAGGAGAACUAUAAGUUAAUAUAAAUCAUUUAUGACUAAAUAAGCAACAUGUAGAGUGCAGAAUUUUUUCUCAUGGAGAAUUAAGAGACAGAGGACUGUGUGGGUGAAGUUAGAUCAACUUUGACUGAGAGCAACAAAAACACCCAUUUACAGUCCUGUUUGAUGUCAGUCUUUGAAGAAAAUGUCCCCAAAAAUGUAAUUGUUGGAGAAAAAUGUUUUAAAAUAGAUUUAUAUAAUUUAGUAAAGAAUUUAAAGAUCAACAAAAAAUCAACAAAAAAAAAUCAACAAAAUGAUAGAACCAGAUUUACUUAUUUUAAAACCAUAUACUCAGUAAAUUAAAUUAGACUUGAUUUUUACAAAGCAAACUUGUUUUAACAUCAACCAGGACAUGGUAAAAAAACAAAAAAAACAAGACUGUGACAGCUUUACUGAGCUAAGAUAAAUAGUUUUUUCUCCUUCCUUUACAGAAUUACCUGUUAGAGAGGUCAUUUCCUUUUACACAUUCCCAUGAAUGUGAUUUCAUCUUAUUGGUUUAUUUAUGGCAAACAUUUUUCCAAUAUUAAGCACGGUGUGUUUGAAAGAUUAUUUAAAAUAAUGUGAUCUUUCUUUGCAGCUGUGUUUGUAGAUAAUAUUUAAACAAGCUAGAAUUAAAUUACUUGUAUCCAUUAAUUUAACUUAUAAACUUGGUUCCUCUGUUGGACCUGAAGUCUUGUGUUUUUUUGUUGCAAAUUUUAUUUUCUGUCACUGUUUUAUGAACUCUUUUGACCGCAGACAAGUACAGAGAUUUCAUUUCAUAUCUCAAAACGUAUAAAUGAAGGAUAUUUGUUUAUAUUUAAGGGGACAAUUUAAUCUCAAAUGUUGUAGUGCACUCCCCAGACCAUUAUCUACACUGCUUAGCCCAUUUGGGUUCAUACAGGGGCUUGAGCCAAUCCCAGCUGUCGUUGGGCGAGAGGCAGGGUACACCAUGGACUGGCCGCCAAUCAAUCAAACAGCUAGGCACUCACAUCUAUGGGCAAUUUAGAGUCACCAAUUGACCUUACAUGCAUGUUUUUGGUCAGUGUGAGGAAGUCUUCUUAUUUUGAGAAGAAUCAUAAUCACACAGUAAGCACCAGUCUACAUAGGGCAGCUGGUUAGCUGUAACAAGAGAAACUAGCUAGCCUUACAUUACAUAAAUUACAAAAAGAAAUGUGUCGUAUGGAUUGAUCAAACAUAUGCAUUUGUGGGUAAUAGAGGUGCUUAUGGGCAUUUUUUUUCACCAGAGGAGCCAGACCAGCUGUAAUUCUGUGUUUAAUCUUUAUGAUCAAGCUAAUCAUCAACUUGUGCCAGCUUAACACCAGCAGACACAAGGGUGAUAUCACUCCUAUCAUCUCAAUCUCAGCAGAACAGCAAGUACUGUAUAUUGUUGAGAAUGUCAGAAAACUCCUUCAGCUGAUCCACGAUACUGUAGCAUGUAGACAAAGUGCAGGUGAUACUAAGUGACGUCAUUUUAGCUAUGAGGAAAUUAAAAAAAAAGAAAGCGCACAAAUAAUUAGCAGGAAGGUGUUACUUGAAUUUUUUUUUAAGUCUGAACAAAUUCAAAGGUUGGUUGAAGGAUAACUUUAAGAUAAGAAGCUGCCAACAAAACGAUCAAAGCUGUGGUCUUAUUACAGAUGAAUGUAAUCAAACUGGAAAGGUAAAGUUCAUACAGAGUGAGCUGUAUGUUUCCAUAUUUCACGUUUACUGUACAAGAUUUUAUGCUGGAAAUAAAUGUGAAUUUGUUUGUCUUUGUUUGUGCAAUAUAAAAACUCAGAACCUGAUUAA